GAUUCGAUUUAUAUUGAUCCAAAAUCGUGCUGGCAAAACAAGAUUAGCUAAGUGGUACAUGUCAUUUGAUGAUGACGAGAAACAGAAAUUGAUAGAAGAGGUGCAUGCAUUGGUGACAGUAAGAGAUGCUAAACAUACAAACUUUGUUGAGUUUAGAAAUUUCAAAAUAGUGUACAGGCGAUAUGCUGGACUGUAUUUCUGCAUAUGUGUUGAUGUCACUGACAAUAACCUGGCGUAUUUAGAAGCAAUUCACAAUUUUGUUGAGGUUUUAAACGAAUAUUUUCACAAUGUGUGCGAGCUGGAUUUGGUGUUUAAUUUUUACAAAGUGUACGCUGUGGUGGAUGAAAUGUUUCUCGCUGGUGAAAUUAGAGAAACGAGCCAGACAAAAGUUCUUAAACAACUGCUUAUGCUACAAGCAUUGGAGUAGACCACAGGGCAUUUUGUAUUAGACAAAAAACGUUUUUAGUUUGUUGAAACUUGUGUAAUUAAAGUAGCAAAUUUUGAAGAUGACGGAGCAGACAUGUACCUAUAGGUGGUUGUUGAUUGUUGUCCAUCAACAAUUAUAUUGUCAACUUUCUUCUAGAAAACUAUCAGGCCAAUUACUUUGAUACUUGAGAUGUGUAUUUGAUUAAUGGUCAUAGUAGUUUAGUUUAUCUGUGUAGGUAUCUGUAUAUGUGUCUGUUCUAUCAGUAUCUCAAAUCUUAGCAUCUUGUUACCAGUAAUAUGUAAUGUCAUACACUUCCUGAAAACAAACACAAAAAAGUAUGGCAUAAUAUGAAUAAUGCCGAAAUCUAAAACAUUUAGAACAAAUUUAGAGACCUUCUUUGUAUGGGUACAGUCAAACCCUGAUGGCAGUCAUGUUUGUUUUCAUUAUUAGAGAACGCUUACGGCAUAAUCAUUUCGCAUUUUCAUAUAUGGUUGGAUGAAAAUACCCAGUACAAUACUGCAAAAUUACGGCACGCUGUAACUUAUGGCGUUAUGAUGACAGAUGUAUAAUACCUAAUAACACUUCCUACUCCAUUCAUUAUUUGGCAAAAAAACGUUGAGCUACAGGCCAUUUCAUUCUUGGCGAUAUUUGCUAGGAAUUGCGCAUAAAAGCAAUUUUUCAUUAUACAACCACCUCCAAGUUCGUAAAUUUGUUCUAACAGUAAUUAAUUAUAUUUCUUGUUCUUUGUAUCCCUGAGCUGAAUUGUAAAUUUGAGAAUUGAUGCAACUGCCACUUCACAAGUGUUUUUGUCUGAAUAAAUAAGUGUAUCAAUAUCAU